ACAGACGAACGUGAAACAUUUUUAAAUUGUAAAUUUUCGGUAAAAUGGAAUCGAAUCGGGAGCAGCCUACGGACGAUGCUUCCAUGGGAAUCGGGGAGGCUGAGCCAGAUAACGAGGUGGUCCAAUCUCCUUACGGUCUGCCCGCCCCCAAGGACAGUUUGAACCAGGAUCCGGUGGGUGUGCAGCUGACCUCCGACGCCAUACAUCUGGGCUUCAUGGUGGAGAAGGGUUUGAUCGAGUACGAGUCGCUGGAUAAGCCAACGGAGGAAGACGACUGCGGUGACUAUCAGAAGCGCUUGUCGGCCGACUAUGCGGCUUCUGGCCAAAUCCAGGAGUUGGUCAAAGAAAUGCGCAAUGAAUUCAUGACGAAGGCGAUCUCUAAGGCCAAGAACCUCAAGUCGACACUGAUUAAGAGGGGCAUAAUGUGUGGCUAUAAGAGAGACCACCCAGUCAAAGAGCCCGUGUUCAAGCCGCAGGCCAAGACCCAGGUCAAGCCCCAGGUCAAGCCCCAGGUCAAGCCCCAGGUCAAGCCCCAGGUCAAGCCCCAGGUCAAGCCCCAGGUCAAGCCCCAGGUCAAGCCCCAGGUCAAGCCCCAGGUCAAGCCCCAGUACAAGCCCCAGGUCGAGACCCAGGUCGAGCCGCAGGACGAGCCGCAGGACGAGCUGCAGGACGAGCCGCAGGAAGAGCCGCAGGACGAGCCGCAGGACGUGCUGGAGGACGAGCCACAAGACGAGUCGCAGGACGAGCUGGAGGACGAGCCACAAGACGAGUCGCAGGACGAGCCGCAAGACGAGUCGCAGGACGAGCCGCAAGACGAGUCGCAGGACGAGCCGCAGGACGAGUCGCAGGACGAGCCGCAGGACGAGUCCCAGGACGAGCCGCAGGACGAGUCCCAGGCGGAUCCCCUGGUCGAUCUCCAGGCCGAACCCCAGACAUCCAGCGAGAUAGACCAAGACAUUGACAAGACGGACGAAACGAAAGAGAUCCUUGAAGAGAAGUCUGCCGAAGAUGCUGUUAGCAAGGAGGAUGAAAUCAAUCAACUUGUCGUAAAGAUCAACGAUUUCACAAAUAACAUGGAUGGCGACCUUGACAGCGUUGAUUGGGAACAGUUUCGUGGCAGCUUGUCGAAGGUUUGCGAGAUUUAUCAGACACCAAGUGACGCCAAGCAAAAGCCCGAGGAAUCAGACACAGUCGAGCCUCUGCAGGACUUGAACAGUCGCGUCAAGGAUCUCAAGCAGAAAAUCAGUGGCAUGGAGUGCAAGAUGGUCGCUUUGGACCAGAACUUUGAAGCAUUCUGCGACAAAUUGGGCAACAGCAAGAUCAGCAAAGACCGGGCCGAGCGGGACAUGGCCAUCCUCCAGAGUAUGCAGGACAGGAUUGGACGCAGGCUGGCCCAGAUGGAAAAGGACUUGUAUUUGUCAAGGGAGUGUCUGCUCAAGAAAACCAAGAAGGUCCUCGAGGAGUUCAAGCGCUGUAAGAGCGCAGAGCAACUGGUAAAUUAGUCUCUGGACCUCUUCCGAAAUUUAACCGAUUAGAGAGCGUGAAGUGGCACUUUAAAUCAUACACUGUGGACUCUGAUCCAAUGCCAUCAGUGUGUGUUUGUAGCAACAGUGAUUACACAUUACAAGA